AUGUGUGUGAUUUUCUCGUGCUUACGGCAACGACCGAAGAUCUUUCGCAAACAAAGAGCUGUUGUACACAAAAGACCACUACCUCCACCACCAGCUUCAAAGUUCAAAACUGUUGUUUCUCGUGCUAUAAAAACCGGGAAAAUAGAUGAGCUAAAAACGGUUGUCGAAGAUGUUGAAGAUCCACCUGAAAAGAAGGCUGUGGAAGCGAGGCAAGAUGGAAAUGUGGUAAGUCUGUUAAUAUAAUU